UCGUGAGGGCCUGGCCCCGCGGCGGGUUUCCGUCGCUUCGCCGUUUCCCCCGAGGGUCGGCUUCGCUUACAGCCCGGCCUGUAAUCUGCGAGACCUGGAGGGCGCGCGCGGCCUCGGUUUGGGGGCCCGGAAGGGAGCGUGUUGUCCGCUGUCGGCCCCCUGGGGUCUCGCUUGGGCCGAGGCAGGCGACGGGAAGCCCGGGGAGGGCGGGCCCGGAGGAGACCCGGCGACUGCUCCCUCGGGACAGGACGUCAGAUUCAGGAAAACCGGACUCAGCUAACUGUUAAAGAUGUCGUACAUGCUUCCACAUUUGCACAAUGGUUGGCAGGUAGAUCAAGCUAUUCUUUCAGAAGAGGACCGGGUUGUUGUUAUUAGGUUUGGACAUGAUUGGGACCCCACUUGUAUGAAAAUGGAUGAAGUUUUAUAUAGUAUUGCAGAAAAGGUAAAAAAUUUUGCAGUUAUAUAUCUUGUGGAUAUUACAGAAGUACCAGACUUCAAUAAGAUGUAUGAAUUGUAUGAUCCCUGUACUGUCAUGUUUUUCUUCAGGAACAAGCACAUCAUGAUCGAUUUGGGUACAGGUAACAACAACAAGAUUAACUGGGCAAUGGAAGACAAGCAAGAGAUGAUUGACAUAAUAGAAACAGUAUAUAGAGGCGCUCGUAAAGGUAGAGGUCUUGUGGUUUCUCCAAAGGACUAUUCCACCAAAUACAGAUACUGAUGUUGUUUUGGACAUCUGGUGCUCUAAUUCUUUAAGAGUAUAUAAAGGCUCUUUGGGGUUUUUUGUAUGUGGAGUUUUUUGUUUUUAGAUAUUUAAGUCCUUUGGGGAAAAUGCUUGGAAGUUACAUGAAAUAAGGAGCUCUAACAUCUUUUUGGAAUAAGGGCUAUAUAGCCUUGUGUUUUCAGUGUAUUUUUAUAUGAUUAAAUAACUAUAAACAAUUCAUAGCUGAAAAAAUUAAAAUAUAUGAAAAUGUGA